GGUUGCGAGCAACGAAUAUCCUCUCGGAGUCGAGGGCCAGAUGAACCGCACAUUGGCAAAUAUCGACUCAUCAAAACGAUAGGAAAAGGAAAUUUUGCGAAGGUCAAACUAGCCAAGCACGUCCCUACUGGCCGAGAGGUUGCCAUUAAGAUUAUUGACAAAACUCAACUAAAUCCAUCUAGUCUUCAAAAACUUUUCAGAGAAGUAAGGAUUAUGAAGAUGCUAGACCAUCCAAACAUUGUAAAGUUAUUUGAAGUGAUUGAAACUGAAAGGACAUUGUAUCUAGUUAUGGAAUACGCUAGUGGAGGUGAGGUGUUUGAUUACUUGGUGGCCCAUGGCAAGAUGAAGGAGAAGGAGGCAAGGGCAAAGUUCAGGCAGAUCAUCUCAGCUGUUCAGUACUGCCAUCAGAAGCAUAUCGUACAUAGAGAUCUCAAGGCGGAAAAUUUACUCCUAGAUGCAGACUUAAACAUAAAGAUUGCUGACUUUGGCUUUAGCAAUGAGUUCACCAUAGGAGCCAAACUUGAUACUUUCUGUGGCAGUCCUCCAUAUGCUGCCCCUGAACUUUUUCAAGGUAAGAAAUAUGACGGUCCUGAAGUUGAUGUCUGGAGUCUCGGUGUCAUCCUUUAUACACUGGUCAGUGGCUCACUGCCAUUUGAUGGUCAGAAUCUCAAGGAACUUAGGGAAAGAGUACUGCGAGGAAAGUACAGGAUCCCAUUCUACAUGUCAACCGACUGCGAAAACCUACUGAAGAAAUUUCUCAUACUAAAUCCUGUGAAGAGGCACUCGUUAGAGAACAUAAUGACUGAUCCCUGGGUGAAUGUUGGUUAUGAGGAAAGCAAGUUGAAACCGUACCUAGAGCCAGUCAAAUGCAUUGAUACAAAAGUCAUCGACAUGAUGGUAGCAAUGGGGUACAGUAGAAAGGACAUAGAACAUUCACUGAAUAGCAACAAGUAUGACAAUCUAACUGCCACCUACCUACUCUUAGGGAGGCCAGCGCCUGAGUCUGAAAAUUUUGACUCAAUGCAAUCCGGUCAAACUCCUCGACUUCAAACUGGCCCCCUACGUCCAGGUAGUGAUAUCAACACACUCGCACUAAUCCCUAACAAUCAACAAAACAGUGAUGUACCUAACACAGCCGAGAAGAUCCCCAGACCCUCCAGUACUAACCCCCAACAUAAAGCCAACAGUCGAAGACCGAGCUACGACACUCAUAACAAUAAUGCUGACAACCUAACGAACAACCUGACGAUAAUGACGUCAUCGUCAGUGGCAGCGGCUGCCAACUCCGCUACCAAUGCAACGUCAUCGACGACGUCAUCAUCGUCGACGACCUCAAAAUCGACCGCGCCAUCUCUCCUGAAAAACAGCUCUACUGUUGCAGCCACUCUCUCCUCCUCAUCCAAUACGUCAACGAUCAACGAGCAACACGUCGGUAAAGAUGGUAAAAGUAAGAAUGUAUCCAAGGCGACGAAUAACAAUAACGUCGCUGGCACCUCUAUACCCCCUGCUAUCACACACGAAAGCCACUCACCAGCAACGACGUUAGCGAGCACUGCCUCUUCGAAAUUUCCUCGAGGUGUGGGGGCCAGGAGCACCGUCUGCGGUGUGCCCAACAAGGACGGGGUACCCACCUCGAACAGGAGUGGUCAGGCCUCCACGUUGAAUGGGCCCGCCGGAAAUAAUAUGCUGGGCGGUGUCGGGGGUAAUUAUCAAUAUUCGUCCACUAGAUCUUCCUUCCUUGAGAAAUUGACAUCUAAGUUCGGCCGCAGGUCUGUUCAGCAUCAACAACAAUCACAGCACCACACAUUGUUGGAGUCAUCUGGCGUCUACUCGUCUGCCAUGCCUAACUCUACGAAACCUCGCUCGCUACGUUUCACCUGGAGUAUGAAGACGACCAGUUCGAAGGACCCAAGUGAGAUGAUGAGAGAGAUCAGACGCGUGCUCGAUAAUAACUCCUGCGACUAUGAACAGCGGGAUCGUUUCCUGUUGCUGUGUUGUCACGGGGACGCAGAUUCCGUGGUGCAGUGGGAGAUGGAGGUGUGCAAGCUGCCUCGUCUCUCGCUCAACGGCGUACGAUUUAAGAGGAUAUCGGGGACUUCCAUCGGGUUCAAAAAUAUCGCGUCUAAAAUCGGAGAGGAACUUAAGUUGUAA